GUGGCGCGGCCCGCUGCUCCUGCGCGGGCAGGUAGGGCAAGAUGGCUGCGGAGCAGGGCGUGCGGGUCGUCUGGCCCUGGCCGGGAGUCGGACUAAGCACGAUGGUUCGGGCCUUCCUGCUGCUGCUGUGUUUUGCGGCCCGCGGAGGCGCGCUGUACUUCCACAUCGGGGAGACGGAGAAGAAGUGCUUUAUCGAGGAGAUCCCGGACGAGACUAUGGUUAUAGGGAACUACCGGACGCAGCUGUAUGACAAGCAGCGGGAGGAGUACCAGCCGGCCACCCCAGGGCUUGGCAUGUUCGUGGAGGUGAAGGACCCAGGGGACAAGGUGAGCUGGGCCCUUAGCCCCGCCGAGUCCUCCGCUCUGCACUUAGCGCCAGACCAGGCGGGUGCUGGCAGUUCCCCUCCUGGUUUCCGCAUCUGCCAAACUGCUAAAGACAGUUGGUGGUGUGGGAAGAUUCGGAUUUUCACUCCAGGCCAAACGUGGGCUGUUGCUUUGCUAGCUGCUCCUCUCAGCUUCUUCCCGACUGCCGCAGGACCCCGCCAAAUCAGUCACCUUCCCUGAGCCAUUUUCUCGCUCGUGAAAUAAACGGAAACUCACCUCC